AUGGACAAAUUCUAUACACUUGUAUUAGCAGCACUAAUUGUGACGACGCAAUGUCCAAUACCCACACAUACACAAAUGUUAAAUGCGUUUGUAGAACCAAAUAUGCAACUCGAUCCAGAUCCCGAAUUUAUUGGCACCAUCAACAAUGUUACAUUUCCAGCAGGGCGGGAGGCCAUAUUGACCUGCUCUGUGAGAAAUUUGGGCAAGAAUAAGGUCGGCUGGCUGCGAGCCUCUGAUCAAACGGUCUUAGCCCUCCAGGGCCGAGUGGUGACACACAAUGCCCGCAUUAGUGUCAUGCACGAAGAUAUGCACACAUGGAAAUUGAAAAUUAGUAAAUUGCGGGAAAGCGAUCGCGGCUGUUAUAUGUGUCAGAUCAAUACCAGUCCCAUGAAGAAGCAGGUCGGAUGUAUAGAUGUUCAAGUUCCUCCAGAUAUUAUUAACGAAGAAUCAUCAUCCGAUUUGGCCGUACAAGAGGGUGAAGAUGCCACGCUGGUUUGCAAGGCAACGGGAAAUCCAACACCACGCGUUACCUGGCGUCGUGAAGAUGGUGAAAUGAUUCUGCUGCGUAAACCGGGUAGUCGGGAGCUGAUGAGAGUGGAAUCAUAUCAAGGUCCCGCAUUGAAAUUGGCCCGCCUUGAAAGACGUCAAAUGGGCGCCUAUUUGUGUAUUGCCUCCAAUGAUGUUCCGCCGGCGGUUAGCAAGCGGGUAUCGCUCAGUGUGCAAUUCGCGCCCAUGGUCCGUGCACCCAGCCAGCUAUUGGGCACUCCCCUCGGCUCCGAUGUCCAGCUGGAAUGCCAAGUUGAGGCCUCGCCCUCACCUGUGUCAUAUUGGCUGAAAGGCGCUCGGACCUCUAGUGGUUUUACCAGUAACAGUGCAUUGGAGACGGGACAACCAGGACCUGAAAUGUUAUUAGAUGGACCCAAAUAUUCCAUAACGGAAAAACGUGAUGGCUAUCGUGGCAUUAUGUUAUUAACCGUGCGCUCAUUUUCACCCUCCGAUGUUGGUACCUAUCAUUGUGUGAGCACAAAUUCUCUGGGUCGUGCCGAGGGUACCCUUAGGUUAUAUGAAAUCAAAUUACAUCCCGGCAUCGCGACUAUAAAUGAUGACCAGCUGAAUUUUAUUGGCGAUUCUGAGAUUUAUUGUAUAUCGCUUUUAUCAUCCAAUGUUCAAGACAAAUCCGCAGCAAAUAAUUAA